ACCGCGGGUAGGCUACUGCGAUGGCAGAUGGUGUCUAAAGUUUCAUUUAAGAGCGGCUCAGAGCUAAGUUGUGUGUUGAGUGCUUAGGAGCUUCGUGCUUAAUUUUUUUGGGCCAUCUUAUUGUUAGAUUGGUACCUUGAAAAAUCGUAGAGGAGUGGUGAAAUCUCUUUAAAAGUACUAGAACAGUACUGUGUUUUCGUAACAAAUCAGUGUGUGGAAAUUGUGUUCUUUGUGAGAUUUAUUUAGGCGAUUAAGUCUGUUUUAUCAAGUGAUAUCUCUUGGAAUCGGGGUGUAACAUAGCUGUGGGACAUGUUCGACAAUAACAACGUGAUGAGCUAUUCUCAGGGGGACAUGGAGCUGAAUUGUCCCCAGCCCAUGGUGGCUGUGAAUGGAGCAUUCAAGAGAUACACCUCCAAAAGUCCAAUCUUGCUGCGAGGAUUUAGUAUGACUGUACCUACUGGAGCUAUUUACGGACUGCUGGGACCGAGUGGCUGUGGCAAAACUACUCUACUCAACUGUAUUGUUGGCAACAGGCGGCUGGAUAGCGGGCAGGUCACGUUGGGCAUCACCAAACGCAAGGAGCUCGGAUACAUGCCACAGGAGGUAGCACUGAACGAGGAAUUCACGAUAGAGGAGACUUUCUUCUUCUAUGGGAAACUUUUCGACAUGAGCAGAGCGCAAGUGAAAAUGCGCAUGAAGGAAUUGUUGACAUUUUUCGAUCUGCCAACAGAGGGCUUCAUUGGUGAGUUAAGUGGUGGUCAACAGAGAAGAGUUUCAUUCGCAGUAGCUUUAUUACACAAUCCUCAACUCCUCAUCUUGGAUGAGCCAACGGUCGGUGUUGAUCCUGUCCUGUGUAGUAGGAUAUGGGAUGCGCUUGUUAAAAUGGCUUUAGAAGAAAAGAAAACUAUUAUUAUCACAACACAUUACAUUGAGGAGGCUCGGCAAUGCCAACUAAUUGGAUUGAUGAGAGGCGGAGUUCUCCUUGCUGAAGAGCCUCCCUUGACUCUGAUGGCAUCUCAUAAUUGUAACACACUGGAGCAAGUGUUCCUCGAGCUAAGUCAAAAACAGCACGAAGCGUCAAACAAAUCAAACGAAGAUUUAACCGAGAGUGAUACUGAUUAUAAAAAGAUGGCAAAUCAACAUUUUCAACCUCCUCUAAUAUCUAGUCAAAUGUGGAAGAAAUCCAGAUUCUCAGCUCAGUUAUUUAAAAAUGUCGUAUGGAUGAAACGAAAUGUGCCAAUAAUGAUGUUCCUGCUGUUCCUGCCAUUCCUGCUAUUCACAAUAUACUGCUCAGUGUUCGGCAAGACACCAACUGGCUUGUCGCUGGGAAUUGUUAGCGAGGAAUUGGGCAGUUUGGCUGACUGUCAAGCGAACUCUACAGAGCAGGCCUUCAACUACACCGACUUCAACUGCUAUUUCGACAAACCACUGAGUUGUCUCUACUUCGAGCACCUCAAGGAUAACGAUUUCAAUCUGAUAGAGUACAACAAGCUUGAAACUGGGCAAACAGCUCUGGAGAGAAAUAAGGUAUGGGGUCUGCUGCAUUUCACCAGGAACUACACGAUAGCAGUCUUGGAGAGAAUUGAUUACGGCUUUGACACCGCUGAAUCAGUUGUCAGAGAUGGCACUGUCGAUGUUAGACUGGAUAUGUCAGAUCAUGUCAUUGGAACCAGCCUGCAAAGGAUGCUGCUGACCACCUAUAACAACUUCAUUGGAGAAGUUUAUGAAGCAUGUGGAAGUAUUGCCGAGGCAGGAAAGAUUCCAAUCAAGUAUAAUGAACCAAUCUACGGUGGAAGUGACCCUCUUUUUUCAUACACCACGUUACCUGGAUACUUGAUGUCAUUCAGCUUUUAUCUGCCUAUGCUCUUUACAUCAGGCGCUAUCAUGCUGGAGAAACUGAGUGGUCUUAUGGAGAGGAAAAUGAUUGCAGGAAUGACAAUGCUGGAAAUAGUUACCGCUCAUGCAGUUGUACAGAUCUUCAUCCUCUUCUGUCAAACUGGAAUCAUUUUCUACACAGCUUAUGGCAUUUUUGAUAAUCCAGUUGAAGGGGACCUCUACCUCCUUAUUCUUCUCACAUUCAUCAAUGAAAUUGCUGGGAUGUGUUAUGGUUUCAUGCUCAGUGAAAUUCAUGACUCAGAUACAAAUUGCUCUUAUGCUGGAACGGGAACAGUAUUAGCACUGUUCAUGACUACAGGCACUCUGUGGCCAAUGGAAGGCGCACACCCAAUCAUGCGUGCAGCCAUGUGGGUGCUUCCAGUGAACGCGGCAGUCACCAGCUACCACAGCAUAGCACUGCGAGGCUACAGCAUCUCAAACCCAGUCGUCUACAGGGGAUUCCUGUCAACACUGGCCUGGUGCGCCUUCUUUGCUAUCGGUGCCAUCCUCAUCAACAGAGUCAGAAAAGGCGUCAGAUAGUAGCAAUCGAGACAAUUCAACGUUCACUUUAAACAAGCUGUGAUUAGAAACGCCAUGUGACCCCGUGACUCGAGUGUGAAUCAUGGAAUGUGUGAUGGUUAGGUUAGGUUCAUUGGCAGUUCUCCGGAAGGAGUCAACUUGAAAAACAUUCAAAACACUCUUUGGCACAAGAGAUGAGGUCCUGUUCUCAUUGAUUAAGUCUUGUAUUGUAAAGCCUUGUUGAUAUAUAUAAUUCACUACCUUCCGUAAAAAAACCCGACAAGUCAAAAAAAGUAUUUUUUCAGGACAGCAAAAACAAAGUCUACUAUUCCGUGCCUGAUCAGGAUUUAAAUUUCAACUGAUGUGACUAUUGUUCAAACUCAUUAUGAUAUAUUACCAAACAUAUUCUAUUCUCAACAAGUUGUAAACCACCAAUUUUACCAACUCGACAAAAUUCAGAGAACAUAUUAUUGGAAAAUUAUGUUUUGGCUCAAUAUUGUAGAAGAAUUUCAAUUUGCAAUUCUUCAAAUGUCAUCUACAUUUCUAUGAAUAGGCGUCAAUUAUUAUUAUUAUUAGUGGUUCAAAUGUCAUUCCUAUUCUGGAUGAUAUUGUUAAAGAGAUGUUUCCUAAUGAGAAUAGGGCUUGUUUGUUACAAAUAGGUUAAGUUAGCUUAGGUUAGGUAGCAUUCAUCAAAAGAGGGAAGUUUUCCACAAGAAGUCAAAAUGAAAAAUAUUAAAUAUAUUGUUGGAACAAGAAAGAGAAGCACUACAUGAGUAGUGGAGGAGCACCAAAUGAGCUCUAGGCCUACACUAUUUAUAUUAGAAAUUUUAAAAAUAAAUAGCCUAACCUAAGUUGACCAAGGUCGUAUGACUAGAUGGGGAUAAUAAACUUAAUGUUGAAAAUGAUCAAAGUCAUGAGACUGAUUUCAAUGGAGGAUCAAGUUGUUAAGUGAAACUAUUCAUCUAUGUUCAUCCAUUUAAAUUUCAUAAACUCUCUUGCCUUCUAUUCACCACCUUCACACGCUUUCUGUUUUAAUGAUAAAUGAAUAGUUUUAAUUUGUGAUCGAUGUAUAUUCACCGAGAAUUCUAAGUUAGUUUUAUAUUUAUGUGAGCUCAAGAAUAUGAAUAAAUGAUA